UUCCAGAGAAGAGGUUCUGAGAAGAAAGUGUGUAGAAUAAAGGCAAUUAAAAUGCCAAUUAAUCAUUCCCUUCUUCACUGCGCCUUCUGCCAAUAUUCCUCAGUGAGCAGCUUCCAGUUUAUGAAGCACUCAAUGGAACAUGACAAACCCACUCGAAUAGUCUGCCCCUUCUGCACCUCCUUCAAUAGGCCCUACACCAUCAAGCAUAAAUACAGAUUCAGGGAUCACUUGUUACUGCACUUGGAAGAGGACUUAGCCUGCACCCAUUGCCCCUACACUACCAAGAACAUGCCCUUCUUCCUGCAACACAUGCGUGCCCACUCUGCCAUGCACAAGUGCCAUUAUUGUCCGUUCACAACUCGGCACAGGGAGGAGUUUUACGAACACAAUCUACGACAUAUGGCAAAAAAUCGUGUCAAGACUGACCCAUGUUUGAAGUGUCCGGCAUGUUUAGAAACCAAUGCCAAUCAUGCGCAGACUGCUGUGCAUUUACAACUUCAUGUUGCAAAUAAAGAGUUUAGUUGUGCUCAGUGUGAGGGAAAAGUUAUGUUGAAUUCUAGAGGAUUCAGACGACAUAUGUUGGUUCACCAUCUCCUGUGCUAUUAGGUGGAAUGGACAUAGAUUACACUCAUAGAAUAUACAAGGAAUAUACAGAUACAUAUAAUCUGUAUAUACAGAUACAUACAUAGAAUAUGCAUAGAUACCUCUUAGGCCAACAGAUACUUCCCAUUGGUAGUUUUUUAACUGAAAUAGUUCACAAAUUCUUUUUCAGCUUGAAGAAAUUCAUGUCUUAUUUUUUGUGAUUGUUCAGACAGUGUCUACAAUUACAGAUGCACUUCUGAUAACUGCAUAUCUCACGUCUAAUUAUAUUAAUCUAAUUAAUGCCUUGGGUUUUAUUCCAUGACUCUCUUGUUAAGAAUGUACAACACCAAUGCUCAGUUGCAACAUAUUUGCAACUUCCUGCUAAUUAAUAACAACAAAUGGCAUUUUUUUAAGAAAUUAGUUAUUUGAACUCAAAGAUGGCAUCAGCCUUGCCAUUAUCCAAACUCUCACCCACAAAUAACUCAAAUUGCAUCAACAAUCCCUAACAUCACAUGUAUAUCACACCCAGAAUUCCUAAAUUCAAAUGUACAUAUAAUGUGAAAAGGAAAGCUAUCUCUUAUCUGUGUUUGUAAAGAUUUUUUGCCAU